AUGGAUGCUGUUGUAUCUGUCAACACUCUAAACACAGGCUUGCCAGCUAAUCCCUCAGUGGUGCAUGGGCAUGUUGUACCUUUUAAAUUGGCGUGUGCAUAUGCUGUCCUGUAUUGGUUUCUUGAUCUGUCAAUUCUUUCCUCCCCAGGUCCCGCCUUCCCGACCCUGCGUAGCCAGGCGUUUCAGAGGGUGUUCAGGACCCGCUAUAAGAUAGAGACACGCCUGGGUGGAGACAACGCACACACAGCCAACUAUAGCCACACCCUCUCUUGGAGAGCUAAGAGGAUCCAGACGGCCAGGAGUGUACUCCAGAGCCGUCUGCGUCCCCCGGGACAGGACAGGCACCUCCCAGCCCAGCACUGGAGAGGUAGAGGGAGGAGCAUGCGCUGGAUCGGUGGCACCCUCUACAGCGUCUCAGCCAAUAAGCUGUCCCGCACCAUGACAACCAGUGCGCCAAUCAACAGAACAAUGAGAUGGUCUAAUCCACAGGAGAUUUCCCCCACCACCUCGAGUACUUUCUUCCGGCCAUCCAGCACUCGUUUUGUGGCCAGGUAGGCACUUUAGUACACACACACUGCUGCUACAAGACUCAUAUUAUGAUUGCUAAAUACUGCACAAUAGAAAAACCACUUGCUCCCUCCAAUCCCCCUUCCCCAGAACAUGUGUAAAUCCUGGACUAUGAAUUGUGCCUUCAUGUAUUAUACUGAUGCUAACAUG